AUGCGUUUCCACAUCGUGCAGUCUUACACCACAGCCAAUUUAGCAAGAGCAUCAGUAAGUGACAAACCAUCAGAUGGUACUGGCCAUCCAGCAAGCCGUGUAAAACUCACAAUAGAGGUCCAGAAAGAUGCACUUCUUGGACAUUAUGGCUUUGAAGUUUCCCAAAAUCUUCCUCUUCUUAUCACAGCAGUUGCUGCAGGCAGCACUGCUGAUGGGAAGCUUCUGCCGGGGGAUCACAUUCUUAGAAUAAACAACGAAGCUGUGGAAGACAUUACUGGUGAACAAGCAGCUACUCUUUUAAGGGAAUCAGAAGACAAUCUCCAGCUUGCAGUUCUCCGAUGCACCUCGGGAGGCCCUAAAUCAUCCUUCCUUACCGCGGAGAAGAGAGCCAGACUAAAGACAAAUCCUGUUAAAGUCCGCUUUGCAGAAGAAGUAGUUGUGAAUGGACAUGCUCAGGGUAGUUCUCUCCUUUGCAUGCCCAAUGUUCUCAAGGUGUACUUGGAAAAUGGGCAGACCAAAGCUUUCAAAUUUGAAACCAGCACAACUGUCAAAGACAUUAUUCUCACCUUGAAAGAAAAGCUUUCAAUUCGAAACAUUGAGCAUUUUGCUUUGGUGCUGGAAGAGCAGUAUAAUAUUUUGAAGAUGUAUCUUCUGCAUGAGGAUGAACUCAUUAUACAGGUAGUUCAAAGGAAGGAGUCUCAUGACUAUCGGUGCCUCUUCAGAAUCUGCUUUAUCCCCAAGGAUCCCUUACAUCUGUUGCAACAAGAUCCAGUUGCCUUUGAGUAUCUCUAUUUGCAGGUGAUGUGGUAACUCAUCAUAUGUCACAUGACAGUCCAGGUUUUUAGCAAAACAGAAACUUGAGGAAUUUCACAUGUAUGGUUCAACAUUUUCUUUUAAAAAACAAUUGAUUUGCUUGGAUAGGUGUACAAAUGUACAGCCUUGACAAUUCCUAUGAACUCCAUUCAGAUUCACAUCAAAUUCAGAUAAC